AUGCGCCGUUUGUGUUGCCUUAGCGGCGAAGCAGCAGCAGCAACAGCAGCAGCAGCAACAGCGACAGCUGCUGCUGCUGCUGCUGCAGCAACGACUGCAGCAGGUGCUGCUCACCAGCAACUGCAGCAGCUGCUGCUGCAGCAGAAGCAGCAGCAGCACAACCACCACCAAAAGCAGCCGCUGCAACAACUAAACCCCGCGAACGCACACCCGCAGCAGCAGCAGCAACAGCAGCAGCAGCAACAGCAGCAACAGCAGCAGCAGCAGCAGCAACAGCAGCACAGCAGCAGAUGUGUGUUUAAGAUGGGUUUGGAUGUAAUUAAGACGCUGCCAGCACCUGAAGGUGAUCAGCAGCAGCAGCAGCAGCAGCAGCAGCAACUGCAGCAACUGCAGCAGCUGCUGCAGCAGCUGCUGCUGCAGCGGGAUGUAGGACUGCUGCAGCUUGCUGCUGCUCUGUGGCUGCCGGUUCCUUUCUUUGGUUCUCUUUUCUUUGCUGCAGCAAACGUAAACAUAUGCGGCCCGCUGCUUCCUCCUGCUGCUGCUGCUGCUGCUGCUCCUGCUGCUGCUGCUGCUGCUGCUGAUGCUGCUGCUGAUGCUGCUGCUGCUGCUGCUGCUUCUGCUGAUUCGAAUGAUGACGCCCAAGACGGUGCAGCAGCAGCAGCAAGAGGAGAAGUAGCAGCAGCAGAAACAGCAGCAGCAGCAGCAGCAGCAGAAGCCCUGCUGCUGAGCUGCAGCAGACUGCUGCAGCUUGCUGCUGCUCUGUGGCUGCCGGUUCCCUUCUUUGGUUCUCUUUUCUUUGCUGCAGCAAACGUAAACAUAUGCGGCCCGCUGCUUCCUCCUGCUGCUGCUGCUGCUGCUGCUGCUCCUGCUGCUGCUGCUGCUGCUGAUGCUGCUGCUGCUGCUGCUGCUGCUUCUGCUGAUUCGAAUGAUGACGCCCAAGGCGACGCAGCAGCAGCAGCAAGAGGAGAAGUAGCAGCAGCAGAAACAGCAGCAGCAGCAGCAGCAGCAGAAGCAGAAGAAGAAGCAGCAGCAGCAGCAGCAGCAGCAGCAGCAGCAGCAAUAAGAACAGAGAAAAGGCUGCGGGCCGUUCGCUCCUUAACCUGCUGGCUGAUGCUUUGGUUCAUACAAGGGGUGUGCAGCAUGUGUACGGGUUUGCUGCUGCUGCUGCCUUUGCCUGCAGCAGCAGCAGCAGCAGCAGCAGCAGCACCGCAGCAUUUGUUUAUAUUCUUGCUGCUGCUGGGGCUGCUGACGGGGGGCAGCAGCAGCGUGCUGCUGUUUGCAUGCGCUCAGCGAGCAGUUCGUGCUGCAGCAGCAGCAAUUCGUUUGCUGCUGCGGCUUCUGUUUGGUGUGGAUGUGCUGCUGCAGCAGCAGCAGCAGCAGCAGCAGCAGGAAAAGAGAAAGCAGCAGUUGCUGCUGCUUGCACAACAGCAGCAGCAACAACUAGCAGCAGCAGCAGCAGCAGCAGCAGCACUCAAAGGCAGCAGCAAACCCCCAGCAGCAACACUGCAGCUUGCUGCUGCUUUUGGGUUAGAUGCAGCAGAGCUGCUGCUGCAGCACUGUCUGCCUGGUUAUUCUCCCCUAGAGGAGCAGCAGCAGCAGCAGCAGCAGCAGCAGCAGCAAGCAGCAGCAGCAGCAGCAGCAGCAGGAGCAGCAGCAAACAAAUCCCUGCUUCAUAGACUCAGCUCCGCUGCUGCUGCAGCAAUCGGGGUUGCACCUAACCCCAGCAGCAGCAGCAGCAGCAACAGCAGCAGCAGCAGCAGCAGGCGGAGAACUACUACAGAAGUAGCAGCAGCAGCAGCAGCAGCAGCAGCAGGAGGGAGCAGCAGCAGCAGUUUGUUGUUUUCUAUACUACCAGUGAAGCGAGUUCAGUUGCUGCUGCAGCAGCUGCUGCAGCAGCUGCUGCAGCAGCUGGGCAGCAGCACAUAUUCUCUCUGUUGCUGCUACGCUAGAACCAACAGAACCACCGAUGCAGCUGCUGCUGCAGCAGCAGCAACACCUGCUGCAGCAGCAAAGGAUGCAGCAGCAGCAACACAAGCAAAUACACAACACACACACAAUGCCUCUCACACGCAGCAGCAACUGCAGCAGCAGCAACAGCAGCAGCAGCAGCAGCAGCAGCAGAAACAGCAGCACCAUCAGGCGGAGACGCCAAUAGGCCCACUGUCCUUUGGAGGGGCCCACAGGUUCAGCAGCAGCAGCAGCAGCAGCAGCAGCAACAGCAACAGCAGCAGCAGUAGUAGUAAUACCAGCAGCAGCAGUGUUAGCGUGUUGCUGCUGUUUUUUUUUGCUGCUGCUGCUGCUGCAGCAGCAGCAGCAGCGGCAGCAGCAGCAGCAAAAAAGGAGACUUGGAUUUGUUUUUAUAAAGCGGAAUUCAAUUGA